AUGUUUCUUUAUAUCUUACUUUUAGUUCCUCAGGCCUUUCUUAGUCCUCAAAAACGCGUCCGCUUCACCCUGGCAGACUCGCAUCCUUCUCCUGCCCUCGAGGAGGCUUUCGGUGGCCGUAGCAACCGGCGUCGUCUCUUUGAUCUAACUUUCCGUCGUCGGCAGCUUCCCGAAAACUCAGAAUCACAUUUUAUCCAUACUUCUCACGUGUCUCGAUCUUCGUUAUGUUCCAAACUGAUAAGUGGGUGCUUGAUCGUUCUGUUUCGUCUAUGCUUUACUAUCUUCAUCUGGAUAUGGAGUCGGCUUUCUCAGCUAAUGACACGCUGGACUCGGGCUUGCUCCAUGGCCACCUCAUUUUCAGACUUGAUCUCCCCUUCACCUACAGUUGCCACAUUUGCACGUCACUUGCGUCUGCUUGGUCUUGCAAGUCUGGCUAUCUUUGCUUCUUGUCUUUUUUUAGCCUUUCUGAGCCUGAUCCUUGGCACACUGAUUUGCUUGCCAGUAUAUUUUCGGGAGACUGUCGUAGUCAGUGAACAGGCUUCGCACAAUGCAGUUGAUUUCCUUUCACCAGGACAAUAUCAGAUGCAAACACACGGUGAAACGGAAAGUAAUCUCGAAAUCAAAGAAAAUCAUGGAGACUAUCCACAUACGCGUGCUUGUUUGUGGCUAAUCGAUCGGAUUGCUGGGUUUCUACAGGCUUGA